AUGUCUUCCUCUCCCAGCAACGACUUUUUGGCCAAGGCUCAGGCAGCCACACAACGUGUCGCAGCGUCGGCGGCAGUCCAACAAAAUGCAACACCCGAACAGGCAAAGAUCGUGGAGGAACUGGCGCAAGAUCGACCAACCAUUCACGCUGCUGUCACAUCCUUCUUGUCGUUGGUGGCGGCACGAUCCCUCGCUAUCAAUUCCACCACACUCUGUGCGACACCAACCAAGUCAACCACCACGACAAAUAACAAUGAAGAAGAAUAUCAAUUGGUGGCACAACUCUGGAAUGGGCUGACUGCAUCGGAACAGAAACCAGCUCGAUUUUUGGGUCGUCGUGCUUUGCGUCAUGCUUGGGCGGAUAUCCAACCCGCCGUGGCCACUACCAAUGACGAUGAGAAGCUCCUGCGCUUUGUCGAAGAAUUUGGACAUCUCUUGUUCUUGGACAACAAAGUGAUGAUGAUGAUGAUUCUGCGCUGA